AUGGAGGAAGACCAUUGCUGCACACCCCAAUUGCCAACAGAAACACGAGCACCAGCAAUGGAAGAAAGAGAUCCAGAGAGCAACAGCAGCACACUCCAGGAGCCACUCCUGAAGAGAAACAGAACACUCUCUUCAACCCCAUUGGCAAUUGUUGGCACUAAGAUGUCCCAUAUAGAGAGCUUGGACUAUGAGAUCAAUGAGAAUGAUAUGUUUAAGCAUGAUUGGAGGAGUAGAUCCAAAGUCCAAGUGCUGCAAUAUGUGUUCCUAAAAUGGUCACUGGCUUUCCUUGUGGGAGGGUUGACAGUUUUAAUUGCCACUCUCAUUAACCUUGCUGUGGAGAAUAUUGCUGGGUACAAGAUUCUGGCUGUUGUCAACUUGAUCAAGGAAGAAAGGUAUUUGACAGGGUUAGCGUUUAUGACUGGAAGCAAUCUGGUGUUGACUGCUUUUGCAGCUGUGUUGUGUGUGUUCUUUGCACCAACUGCAGCAGGAUCUGGGAUCCCUGAGAUCAAAGCUUAUCUUAAUGGGAUUGAUACACCAAACAUGUUUGGUGCCACUACUUUGCUUGUUAAGAUUUCGGGUUUUAGUGCUGGUGUAAAUGUAUCACCAUUUCAUAAUGGCAGGCUGGCAGUGAUUGAGUUGAUGAUGUUGAUGAAGGAGAUGGAAAAUAUGUGUUAUGUUUCACUAAUUUGUGGGGGAAAUAAAAUUAACUCAACGAGACUGCUUCUGUAUCACUGA